AAUGAUGUAGAGAAGGCAUAUUUCUUACUUUCAGACAAGCGGCGCCCAUCAUUUAUCGAAUCCGCAGUACGUGCGAUAACUUUCUUGCUCUCGCACUUGACCGCAAGCCAUGUCAACUACCACUUCUAUGCAUCCAAUGACCACUUCUGGGCUGCAAUCGUCCGCAAUCCGGCAAAGAGGUCGGCGCAAACGCAAAGAAAAUCAACUCAUGCUGAGUCUGUUAAACUUCUGUAUAUAUAUAUGUAUAUAUAAAGUACAUACAAUACCGGGCGACUGCUUGCGCUUUCUUGGACCAUGUUACCUCGGUGUAAGUAACGUUACCCGAAUUGUACACUGCUUGCAGGUACCGUACCACUUUACCAAAGCAAGUAAAGAUCUAUAACCCAGCAACCGAAACGUCAUGACAAGGAUCCCAGUCUCCUCGUUAGGUUCAACUAAUUAGCUCU